AUGAUUGAAUUAUUAAUUGAUGAUGAUCGAGAUGAAAAACGUGAAGAAAAUCGAACAAUGAUUCAUGAUCUUUGUGGAAAAUUAGCUUUACAAAUUGAUCCAAUUGGAUUUUUUGCAGCAUCUAAUGAAUUUAUUCUAAAUUCAUUAAGUACUGUACGAUAUGCUGAAUUUUGUCUUCCGAGUUGUCAUAAUGGUUAUGAAACAAUUCAUAUGGACAAACGUCUUGUACCUUUUACUAGCACAUAUAUGCCUCAUUUACAAACAUUACGUCUCUGGCGACCAGAUGAUUUUCCUUGGACAACUGUUCGACCAGAUUAUAAAAGAUACUACGAUGAUCUUUUACCUCUACAAUGGCUAAAUUCUUUAGAAGUACCUGAAUCGAUUGCUCAACAUGUGAUCGUUUUUGAACAAGAUCUUUGUCAACUAAUCGACAAAUUAAAAGAUUUGACUUUUCUUGAUAUUUAUGGUAAAACUCAUUACAAAAAAGUAGAACCUUAUCGUUUAAUGGUUCAAGCUCGUUUUCCAGAUAGCCGACCAUGGCAAUUUGAUGAAAAUCGACCUGAUAUCAAACCGAUACCUAUCAAAGAUUCAUCUACUUAUUAUGAUUGUUGGGACGAGGAACAUGUUCGUAUGCCUUGCUCAAAACAUUAUGCAUAUGUAUAUUCUAAUGAUAAUCGUGCUCGUUUUAUGUAUGAUACUCUUCCUAAGAUUUGUAACCUUGCAUUGAACCUGAAGUUAGUUUGCACUCAGUCACCACCUUUGUUAAAAAUUGGAACAAAUCGUUCAGUUACUAUGUCACAAGAACAAGCAGCAGCAUUGUUAGCUUGUGCAUUUUUCUGUUUAUUUCCAUAUCGGACUUAUCCGUCAGCAAAAAAAGAAUAUGAACAUUUUCAAGAUCCAAAUUUUGAAACAUUAUAUCGAGAUGUACGUCAAAACAAACUCGAAAAACUCAAGUGUAUUUUACAUUAUUUUAAUCGUGUUACAGAACAUAUGCCAAACGGUGUAAUAACGUUUCAACGUGUUUCAUUACCCAAACAUCGUUUCCCAUCGUGGCAUGAACUAAACACAGGUCUCUGUGAUCUGAACAUGACAACAGGUAAAAAAAUUGAAGAUAUCAAGAACGUAUUACAAGUUGAUUUUGCCAAUAAAUAUAUUGGAGGUGGCGUUUUAGGUGGCGGCUGUGUACAAGAAGAAAUUCGUUUCACUAUCUGCCCUGAAAUGCUAGUUAGUUUACUUGUUUGUGAAGUCAUGGACAACAAUGAAUGUAUCUUUCUUAUUGGCUGUGAACGAUAUUCAUCAUACAAAGGCUAUGCUGAUUCAUUUGAAUACGCUGGAGAUUAUCAAGAUAAUACACCUAGAGAUGGUUGGGAUCGGAAAUGGUGUCAUGUAAUAGCUAUGGACGCGGUCUAUUUUCGUAAUCCAUCAGACCAAUACAAUAUGAAAGUCGUCGAACGUGAAUUACUGAAAGCCUACACAGGUUUUCGUCCUAUAGGAGAUGGAGCUGACUAUAAAUUUGGUAUUGCUACUGGAAACUGGGGUUGUGGAGCUUUUAAUAGCGAUAAACAAUUGAAAGAAAAUAUUGUUGAAUUACUUGACUUACCAGAUGAAAUGAUUUUAUCCAUUAUGAAUAAAAUUAAACCUCGACCUAUAUUACUCUAUUCAAUGAUCGGCAUCAAAAAUAUUCGUUUGGAACAACUUGCUCUUGGUCAAUGUCAUUCGAUCGAUCUAACUUCUGAUUAUUUUGAAUCACCAAAUGAAAUGCUUAUUCAAAAAUUCAUAUCAUUUACGUUACCAUGUAUUUUUAAUUAUAUUGAAUCACUUACAAUCAAUAUUUUACAUAUACGAAAUUUUGAUCGCAUUGCUAAAACAAUUCAUGAUAAAAAUUGUCUCAAUAAUUUAAAGCAUUUGAAAAUAAUGGCUGGUCGUUUCCAUUGUGAUACACAAGUACCUUUUAGAACAAAUUAUUAUGAUGUUAUUGAGGUACGGCGUUAUCCUUUAUUCUCCGAUAUACCUCAAGUUUUCGACAUUUGUGGUGAACUUAUUGAUCUACUGGUAUCAUUUUAUCAUCAUUCACCAAUAAUGUCUUCAAUUAUUUCAUUCGAAUUUGGUCCUAAUUGUGUUGCAUCAAUUCCACCAAGUGAUGAACUAUUGUCCUUUCCUCAAUCACAUAAUCUCACUCAUAUUUGUAUUACAUUUCGUCAAUUCGACGAUUGUGUUCGAUUAUUGAAUCAAAUAGGAGCACAGUUACAUUCAUUCGAUGUGAGCAUAAUGCGCGUCCGUUUAUCUCGAGGAUUUGAUUUAUCAGAAAUAUCGUUGAUAUGUUGUCCUAAUUUGAAAGAAUUAAAAAUGAGAAUAUAUCGAAAUAUAUUCGAAUAUGAACAAUGUAUUAUUCCUCUUUUACAACGUUUAUCAAAUGUCGAACAUUUAACAUUAUUAUUGGCUAUUGAUGUAAAUGAAGAUGGACCAAAUCAUUUUAUUGAUGGAUUUGAUUUACAACGAGAUAUUGUUUCAUAUAUGCCUAAAUUAUUCCAAUUUGAUUUUCAUAUUCGUUCAAUAUUAAAAAAUGCUAAUCAUAUAGAACUCGAUAAAAUUCGUCAAAGUUUUAUUCAAUAUAAACAAUCUAUUGAUUGUACAAUUGAUUAUUUCAAUAAUCAAUAUAGUCAAUGUCAAAUAUAUUCUCUUCCAUAUAUUGGUACUCGUCUUGACUUUAUUUCAAAUCGAUUUCCAUUAUUCAAUGUUGAAAAAAGAUUUUCAAAUGUUACAAUGUUAAUACUUUUUGAUGAUAUCAAACCGUUUGAACAUGUUUUUUUUCAACGUGUUGCACGAGUUUUACCUCGUCUUAAACUGCUUGAAGUAUUCAAUCUUCUUGAACAAGAAGAAAAAAAUCAGGCAACAAAUAAUUCUAUUGAAUUUCGUCAUUUAUCAACACUUAUUUUGCAUGAUAUUCAUGCGGAUUAUGUUCAACAACUUUUAUAUCGAACUUAUCUUCCAUGUUUAAUCGAACUUGUUAUUCGCAAUGAUUUUGCGUUAACAAUAAUUAAUCAAAAUCAACAACAAGUUAAAAACAAUUGUUCUAAAGUUCAAACUCUUAUUACUGUUGAACCAUGGACCUAUCCCAAUGAUACUUAUCAAAAAUUUUUUCCAAACUUAGUCGUGUUUCAUAAAAGAAUGUUAAAUAAUAAAUUAUUUGUAAAAUAA